AUGGUGAGGGAUGGUCAGACUCGCGACCAGGCAAAGAAGAACUUGAUCGAGCCGUUCGACAAACCCCCACGUCUAGACUCGGGCCCGGACCCUAAACGCAGCCGCCACGGCCUUCUCUUCAACGACACAGUGUUGGCUCGUCUUGAUCAGCCAUUAACCCAUCUCGCCAAACGCAGCGUCACGGCCUUCUCUUCAACGACAGCAAUCCACAUUGGCUCGCAAGCCAUCAACUCAAUCUACAUUGGCUUGCAAGCUAUCCCGCCGCCGUCACGGCCUUCACCCGUUACACCGUCACGCCUUCAGGCCUUGUUGACACGACACAGCAAUGGCCCGCAAGCCAUUCCGCUAAACGCAGCAAUCUGGCUCGGUCUUGAAUCAGCCAUCCCGCCAAACGCAGCCGCCACGGCCUUCUCCUUCAACACGACACAGCAAUCGACAUCGGCUCGGUAUUAUACUGCCGUCACGGCCUUGUCUUUUGACACACGUAGCAAUUGA